GCCAAAAAUGUAUUAUUAUUGUUCAAUAUGUGAUUUUGCAAUCGAUUUGAUAUGUGCAAGAAAAGAAGUUGUCAAAAAUAUCGAUUUUCCAAAUACACACAAGCAUCGUUUAUCCCUUGUUCCAAAGAUGAUUAUGUUUUCAUGUCAUAUAUGUCAACUAGUUGAUGAUCGGUUCCCUUAUGCAUGCGAUAUAUGUGGUUUGAAUUUCCAUAAAGAUUGUGCUGAAUCUACACCAGAACUCAGCUACUCAUGUCAUCCUAAACACCCUCUCAAGCGUCUCACUCGUGUUCCAAGUUACACCAAUGGAAAAUGUUGCUUGUGCAAAAGCAAGCUUCAUAUUCUGUUUUAUCAUUGUUCUAUUUGCAAUUUCAGCGUGGAUGUCGAAUGUGCAAAGAAUCCACCUCCUUUAACUCUUGACCACCCCAAAGCGCAUGAACAUCAACUCACUCUUUUGCCGCAACGAAUUUUUGUUUGUAAUGCUUGUGGAAUGGAUGAUGAUCCAAAUCCUUAUAUAUGUCUUCAGUGCAAUUUCAUGGUCCAUAGGAGUUGUAUAGACAUACCACACAUUAUAAAAAUUAGUCGUCAUGUUCAUCGUAUAUCCUACAAUGAUUGCCUCGAGGCCGGUGAUUGGAAAUGUGAAGUCUGUCUGAAAGAGAUAAAUUGGACAUGUGGAGCUUAUUCUUGCUCAAAAUGUCCUGAUUUUGCAAUUCAUGUGAGAUGUGCCACAAGGUUUGGGAUCUGGGAUGGUAUUGAACUUGAAAGCAUAUUAGAAGAUACCACAAACUCUAAAGCAUAUGAAGUGAUCGAAGAAGGAGUAAUAAAGCAUUUCAUUCAUAAGAAUCAUACAUUAAAGCUCAAAGAAGGGAGUGAUGCUAAUGGUAAAAGUAGGCGUUGUACAGCAUGCACAUAUCCCAUAUUUUCUACUCUAUUCUAUGAUUGCACGGUAUGUGAUUAUGUAAUGACCCACCACUCCCACCAUCUCCACUUCUUUCUCCAACCCCACCACUUCCACCUUCUUCUCCACCAUCUCCACCUUCUUCCCCACCAUCUCCAUCUUCUUUAAAGCUUGAGAAAGAGAGAGAGAGAGAGAGAGAAAGAGAGAGAGAAGAAGGAGAAGAAGGGAGAAAGCUCACUUGAACUCGUCGCCGUAGCAACCGUGCGCCAUGACCACGUUCAGCUUGCCACCACCGAUAAACACCCUAGACCACCAUCGUGUUCCUCUCGUCGAGACGAAGCCGUAGACACCAACCACGCCUCAAUCGGAGCCCGGACGAAGCCUCACGCGCCUCCGGAAGUUUCGCCUCUGCGCGCGCGUGAAGUACACGCGCCGCCGCCGGAAAACGUCGCCACCGCCGGACCACCGUCCCCCGCCGCCGGAAUACCGCCGUCGCCGCCGACAACCGCCACCGGAAUACCGCCGUCGCCGCCGGUGACCGACACCGGUGACUCGCCGGCGACUCGGUCAACUCGGCCGAGUCAACUCAGGGAGUCAACUCGGUUGACUCGGUUAACCGAUCGGUUAGCCGGUUUAAAUUGAUUUCGGUUCGGUUAGGGUAAACCGGUCGGUUUAGUCAAAUCGAUUUCUGGUUUGACUUUGACCGGGUUGACUUUGACCAGCGGGUUGACUUUUCCGAAAACCUUGACCAGUUCCGUUUUCGACCGUUCGAAAGGCGUUCUGACUCAGAAUUUCGAUCUGAUUUCAGAUAUGGAGUCUAUUUGAGAAGCUGGAGUUCAUAGACAACACUUUUCUAUUGCUAAGGUGAGACAAACAAGUAUGUGAUAUUUGGACGGACUUGGUGCUAUUGGACUUUUCUUUCGGAUUUUAUUUGGGCAUGGGUGAGAGUUGUCGGGUUUAUGGGCUUUUAUAUUACGGGAUAUUGUUGGUGGCCCGUCGUCCUUAGUGUCAGGGAGACGGGUGUCACAUUGUUGUAUGAUGACGCGUCGGGGGUGACACGCUGUCCUCCAUAUAGGAGGUGACGGGUGUCACAAUUUGGUAUCAGAGCGGGUUCCAUCCCGGUUCUGUCCCGGGAUGGCGGUCAGGGGAUUCGGUUUUCAUCGGUUUUCAAAGUUCUUUUUGUUUUAAAAAAUAUAUAUUUAUUUAUAUAUUUGGAAAUUCUUUUAGCACCAUUAUGUCCAGUAAUUACUAACUCAAUUGUCUCUUUCAAUGACGAUGAGUAAAAAUCAUCGUCAUUCGUCCUUCGACUAACAAGGUUCUCGACAGAUGUUCAGCAGUUGCGUGAAGUCCAAGUUCGUCAGUUUUCUCGGGAGUUAUCAGUUCUUCGGUCAUGAUUUCGAGGCUAUCCAGGAGUGGAUAUGUGACGUUUCUGCCACCAGCCCACUUCAAGCAAUCGUUCCACGAGUUUUGUUACUGGAGACUAUGUGGUGUGUGGUAUGAGCCAUUGGUUGGCAUGUGUUGUUGUGUGUACGAGUAUAUUGACUAUUUUGGAGAUAUAUUUGUUUUGUGAACUCGUGGAGAUCGCUUUUGAAUUGGGGUGCAGCAGCUUGCGUUGUGUGGGUGUUGGAGUUACACUUUGGUAUGUUUACCAAUUUUGGCAGUGUUGAUCGUUUCAGAAAUGUGUCAGUUUGGACAACUGACAUAGGACAUUGGGAGCUAUUUAUAUCCAUCGCAGUGUACCAGUUAUGCUUGGAGGGCCGAUUUGUUCGGAUAUUCAUCAGAGAUGGAGCUACGUUUUUACGAUGUUAUCCUUGGGAUGGAUUGACUGUCACGGCAUCAAGUAGUGUUGGAUUGCCUGAGGGCAAGAGUUUCGAUUGCUGGAGCAGAUGGAAGUUGUUAGUGCAUGCAUGCUACAUACUGAGGAGUUAUGGGAUAUAAGAACAGAGAGAUUUUUGGCUACCAUUUCAAUGGUUAAGGAUGAUGGACAGCAUGGGCUGCAGGAUCUUCCGGUUAUUGCAGAGUAUGAGGAUAUAUUUGUGACCUUUGGAAAGGCCACCACAAGACACAUGAGACGCUCUUGCAAUUUUAUUUUAUUUUGGAGCAAACAGCACUGGUUUCACGAGUUUCUUAUCGUCUAUCACCAGCAUGGAUGACUGAGUUGAGAAAGCGAUUGGAGGAACUCUUUGAUAAGGGAUUUAUCAGAUCGAGUUCUUCCCCAUGGGGAGCAUCAUUGUUGUUGUAAAUAAGAAAGGUGGGAGUUUCAGAUUUUAUAUUGACUACAUAAACUUGAACAUGGUAACCAUCGUAUUGACGAGUUGUUAGAAGAGCUUAAUGGAGGUUCAUCGUUCUCGAAGUUUGUCUUGGCAUCAAAGAAACCAUCAGAUUGCUAUAGCUGAGGAGUAUGUACGGAAUGCAGAUUUCCGUUAUGGAUAUUACGAGUUCGUAGUGAUACCAUUUGGGUCGACAAAGGCACUGUUGCAUUCAUGAAGAUAUGAAUGACGUUUUCGUGAACAUUUGGAUAGGUGUGCGAUUGUAUUCACCAACGACAUCCUGAUUAUUUUGGAAUAGAAAGGAGAUUUGUGAGCAUUUAGCGGAUUGCGUUGGAUAAGCCUGGAGAGCAUCAGUUGUUCGCUAAGUUGAGGAAGUGUAGCUUCUGGCAGAGGAAUGUUGUAUUUUUGGGUAACAUGGUUUUGGAAGCAGAAUUUUGAUGGAUCCAAAGAAGAUUAAUACCGUUUCGGGAAGGUCGGAACCUAAGAGUGCUACAAAGAUCAGCCGUUCUUUUUGGGUUGAUAGUUUACUACUGGAAGUUCAUCAAGGGUUUCAUCGGUAUAGUAAUGUUAAAGACGCGGUCUACAUGUAAAGACGUUAAGUGUGGUUGGAUAGAUUUUUGUUCGAGGAGUUUCACUGAAUUGAAGCACAACUAAUGAAGACACCAAUUUUGGGUUCUACUGAGGCUGAGGCUUACUGUGAUGUGUCAGAUACUGGAUUGGAUUUAAAUUGAGGUAUGAGGAUUAAGUCAUUCAUAUGCAUCACGCCAGAGAGGCUGUAGUGGUAUUUGCGUUAUAGUUUUGGAGAUCGUGAUUGUACGGGAAGGAAGUCCAGAUUCUAUGGGAUCAUUAGAGUAUGAUAUUUAUCUUCACUGAUUAAAAAUUGCACUUGGGCAGUGCAGUUGGAUUGAGUUUGUAGCAGACUAUAGUUUGGAUAUCGCAUACUACCUGAUAAGGACAACCAGGUGAUAAAUGCCUUGGGUAGGCGUAUGAGCUGUAUCUCAGGAACCAAGAAGGUUCAUGAGUUGGAGAUUUGCUAGUCUCAGGUUGGGUGCCAUUACUAUCAAUGGAGAGACAGAUGUCCUUGGGACUUUGGAGCAGGCAGAUUUGCUUUGGAGGAUACACAAGCACAAGUUAGCAUUCUGGAUUGGUUGAACAGAUCGAGAUUGGGAGUAUUGGAUAUCAUACAACUCUGAGCAGGAUAUACUUGUACCGAAACCGAGUUUGUGUGUUGGACGAUAAGUUGUUAAGAAAAGGAAUCUUACAACAAACAUAUCACUCGUGUUUCUCUACGCAGCGGGAACACCAAAGGGUACAAAGAUAUGAAGAGUUAACUAUAAUUGGUGUAGUAUGAAGAUGUUUGUAACUACAUUACGUCGCGGUGCCAGACAUGUUAUAUGGCAAUGACAGAGGAUCAGUUAUCUAUUAUGUUAUUUUUGAGCUUGCUUUUGCCGGAGUAGAAAUGAGGCAUGGUGAUUAUGGACAUUGUUAUUGGAUUAUAAAUCACCAUAUGUGGAAAGGAUGCCACAUGGGUAGUCAUGGAUAGACUUACCAAGUCAGCCCAUUUCCUAAGUAAUUAAGAAGACAAUCAGAGCUAAUUAAUUGGAGCAGACCUACAUUAUUGAGUUUGGGAAGUUUCAUUGAUGUCAACAUUGUAUCGGAUUGGGAAUCGAAGUUCACAUCUACAUUUCAGAGAGCCUUUCGGAAGGCACUUGGGACAAUACAUCUUAUCACCCGUUGACAUAUUGUCAGUCAGAGAGGACUACUCAGAACUUAAAGGAUAUGUUCAGAGAUUGCGUGGGAUGGAAUUUCAGAAGAUUUAUGGUAGACCUUAUAGUAUACCACUUUGUUGGACCAAAGUGGGGGAGCAAUAUGAGUUAGAACUAUUAAUGGUUCAAGAGACAGUAGAGCAAAGGACAUACUCAAGGAUUGGCUUUCGGAAGCCCAUGACGUCAAAAGAUUUAUGCAGCUAAGCGCCGUAAGGAUUUGGAGCUACAUAUGGACACCUAAUAUACCUGAAAUUAAGGACAUUUUAGGAGGAGCCUAAGACUCAGAAGAUAUAGGAGCUUAAACCGAGACACAUGGAAUUGUAUCCUGCACUGGAGUGGAUUGGAUUAGUUGCUUGCAGUUACUUUAUCAGCAGUAUAUCAGCCUUCUAGGACUUAGUUCAUAUGACAGUAUUGCAAAAGUUGAGAAGGCGCUAUAAUUAUUUUGCAGUUGACAUCAAGUGAGUUCAUAAAGAUUUUAUGGACCUUAUCAUCUAUUGAAGAUUUUGGAUCAUCAAGAGAAAACAGUUCGGAGAAUGUCGACCGUGCUUGUCCGAGUUCGUUGGGAGGGAGAUAAGACUCAGGAGGAGACCUGAAAGGCCGAGCGAGGAUUAGUAUUCGAGGUUUUGGAGGUUCUGCUAUGAUAACAUUGGGCAUGUCAGCUUAUGACUUGAAUUCGGGGACGAAUUCCUUAUAAGUGGGGGAGAAUUGUAAUGACCCACCACUCCCACCAUCUCCACUUCUUUCUCCAACCCCACCACUUCCACCUUCUUCUCCACCAUCUCCACCUUCUUCCCCACCAUCUCCAUCUUCUUUAAAGCUUGAGAAAGAGAGAGAGAGAGAGAGAGAGAAAGAGAGAGAGAAGAAGGAGAAGAAGGGAGAAAGCUCACUUUGAACUCGUCGCCGUAGCAACCGUGCGCCAUGACCACGUUCAGCUUGCCACCACCGAUAAACACCCUAGACCACCAUCGUGUUCCUCUCGUCGAGACGAAGCCGUAGACACCAACCACGCCUCAAUCGGAGCCCGGACGAAGCCUCACGCGCCUCCGGAAGUUUCGCCUCUGCGCGCGCGUGAAGUACACGCGCCGCCGCCGGAAAACGUCGCCACCGCCGGACCACCGUCCCCCGCCGCCGGAAUACCGCCGUCGCCGCCGACAACCGCCGCCGGAAUACCGCCGUCGCCGCCGGUGACCGACACCGGUGACUCGCCGGCGACUCGGUCAACUCGGCCGAGUCAACUCAGGGAGUCAACUCGGUUGACUCGGUUAACCGAUCGGUUAGCCGGUUUAAAUUGAUUUCGGUUCGGUUAGGGUAAACCGGUCGGUUUAGUCAAAUCGAUUUCUGGUUUGACUUUGACCGGGUUGACUUUGACCAGCGGGUUGACUUUUCCGAAAACCUUGACCAGUUCCGUUUUCGACCGUUCGAAAGGCGUUCUGACUCAGAAUUUCGAUCUGAUUUCAGAUAUGGAGUCUAUUUGAGCAGCUGGAGUUCAUAGACAACACUUUUCUAUUGCUAAGGUGAGACAAACAAGUAUGUGAUAUUUGGACGGACUUGGUGCUAUUGGACUUUUCUUUCGGAUUUUAUUUGGGCAUGGGUGAGAGUUGUCGGGUUUAUGGGCUUUUAUAUUACGGGAUAUUGUUGGUGGCCCGUCGUCCUUAGUGUCAGGGAGACGGGUGUCACAUUGUUGUAUGAUGACGCGUCGGGGGUGACACGCUGUCCUCCAUAUAGGAGGUGACGGGUGUCACAGAUUACUUCAUCAUUCAUCAGAAAUGUGCUGAUCUUCCAAAAAAGAAAAUAGAUUCCUUCUACAAGAUGUCCAUGACUUUAGUCUCAAAUUCUAACGAGUUAAAUUUAUGUGAUGCUUGUCAAAAUUAUUUUGAAGGUUUCAUGUACAUAAGUGAUAAUGGUAUUAUCAACCUUGAUGUGCGAUGUGGUUCUAUAUCUGAGCCCUUUGUCCAUGAAGGUCAUCCUCAUCAUUCGUUAUACAUCAAUUACUCAAAAAAAGACAAAUUAUGCAAUGCUUGUGGAGAUAAGGCAUGUAUGGUUUUCAGUUGUGAGGAAUGCGACUUUGUUUUAGACGUCAAAUGUUCUAUUUUGCCAAAAAUGGUAAAACACAAAAAUGAUAAAGAUCAUUUUCUGACUCUAUGUUACGGAGAAAAAACGAGGGAGCAGUAUUGGUGCGAGGUAUGCGAAGAAGAUCUAAACCCAGAAAAAUGGUUUUAUUCAUGUGAUCAUUGUGGCGUCACUCUUCAUAUCAAAUGUACGUUUGGAGAUUUCAUAUGGAUUAAUCCCGGAGGCGAGGCUGAGUCCAUAUAUAUGGUUAUUCCCAAUAAUUAUACAAGUCGGCCAGUUUGUAACGGGUGUGAUUCUCGUUGUCAAUACCCAUUUAUCCUGAAAUAUAAGAAAUAUAUAUUAUGUUCUUUACAGUGUUUUAAAAGUGUAGUAGGUCGUUAGUGAUUUAUCAAAGUGGGUUUACAAAAAAGUAUCCUUGUCUACCUCAAAAUAUUAAUAGUUGUAAAAUUUCAAUGUUUAUAAGAUGUUUGUUUACAUAAGUUAAAUCAAACUUGAAUGUGUACUUCUUAUGUUGGAUAUGGUUUCUUUGCAAACUUUAUUUUCUUAG